AUGGCCAGAGUUGCUACCCCCAAUAGGAACUCUUUGACUUAUUUGAAUUGUUCCACCUGGAAUCCUUACAAGCAAACUUGUUUACCUCCUGGAGUGGAACCAGAAAAGCUCAGCCCAGAAGGAGGUUCUUUGGCACUUUAUCCGGCCACAGGGGAUCCUGAAUACCCCUUAGAAUUAGAUCAGUGCUCCAAGGGGUCUGAGUGUACAGAUGCUUCCAGGUGUACAUUGUGUUGUCCAGAGUGCAACCUGUUCCUUCAGCAUUCAGGUGGAGUACUUGGCCAACAGAAGACGUCUGCUUUCCAAUGUUAUGAAAGUUCUCAUGGACAGAAUCGAGCAGAAUUCGUGGGAAAUUUUCAACGGUUCUUUGAGAAAAACUGUUCCCAAGAUGGUGUUUUAGAUUCUCGUGGAGAAAACACUGAUCAUGGAGGUAUAAUAUGUCCAAACCCUGAUGGAGAUAAAAGCCAGUGCCCUGAAGCAGAGGAGUCAACAUCUGUUGACAUUGACAGUGAACUGGAGUCGUCUGCUUUCCAUGAACAAGGGCCUGAAAACGAAACUGUGGAUUAUUCAGACAAAUUUUUCAAGGAUAAAUUUGAGAAGUUGAGAAUUGAUAAAGAUUCCUGGACACAGAGAUGUCAAGCUGAAGAUACAAGCGACAAUUUAGAGACAGCAAUUAGUGGAAGUGUGAACAGCAGAACUGGUGUGAAACAACUCAUCAUGUCCAAUGAAAAUCACAAAUCGUCCCAAGCUCGGACACAAGCCAUGGGGAUGGAUUACAUCAGUGUAAAAACUCUACCUCGCUCGGAUGCUUAUGGAAAGGAGAAUUCCCCAAACCUUAGCCCUAUUCGUAGCAGCAAAUCAAAUAAUUACUGGGAUUUGUUGGGGGUUAAUCAGCGGGGAGAGCUUGGGCUAAGCCGUCGUGGUAGGCCUAGCCAAACACAACAAUCUUACCCAACUUACUGUGAUUAUAGGCAUACGAGUGGCUUUGGGGCCAAUGGCUAUGAAGGAUCAACUUCUGCAGUAGGGCCUUUAGACUCGGGGGACAGACGCAGUCUUGACUCGAGCCUACAUUGGUUAAAACUUGAAGGAAUGCAGGAAUAUGAGUAUGAAGACACUCAAAGGACACACAGCUAUCGCGAACAGCCUGUUGGUACAUCAAGUUUGAGUCCUCGUGCAAACACUUAUUCAUAUUUCCCACAGGGUAACAAUAUGGCAGACCCGUCACAUCCUGGGAUUCUUACAACUCCCACCAAAAAUUUCGGAUCGGAUACUGGGGAUACUUAUGGCGAAUUCAUCUAUGUUAACGGAAUACAGUUAAGGAGACCUUCGAAUGGAAUAAGAGCACCAAGUUCUGGGCCCCAUUCAAAACAUUACCAUUAUCCAAGGGUAUCUGAAAUGUCAGGAAACGGUGACUACGUGUACAUGGGAGGGUCUGAAGGAAAUUCCGAUUUAAGUACUCCGAUUAAAAAACAAGAAAAUGGGAAUUAUUGUUCAAAUAGGAUUUCCGGCGACUGUCAGGAUUUGUACAGUGAUUAUAUGCAGCUAGAUCCAAAACAAGCGGAAAAGUCGAAAUCCUCUUCUUGGAAUAAAAAACUUGUCCGCCCAAUUCAGUAUUUGAAGGAUUCGUUUGCAAAUAGGACGAAAUUUGCCAAAUUGAAUUACUCCUCGUAUGACGAUAUGUUGGAUGGGGAUGAGGAUUACCGCUAUCUUCCGUCUCGGGCACCGUCAAAUAGUCGCAUUGCUGAACUGAAAGCGAGGCUCCUGCAUUCGAAUCAGAAAGAAAAAACGCAGAAUUACACAGAGUUAAAAAGGGCAAACUACACUGGCGCGGUUGGCAUCAGGAGGAAAUUUAACAAGAGCAGGGGAUUGCAUCGCCGGACUAAAAGUGAAGGCGAUGGGUUGUUUCUGCUUCAGGAUUAUGACGACGGAUCAGUUUACUCGAGUCACCGGAGGCGGUCGAUAGAGGUCACACAGAAAGGUAGCGGAAACUACGAGGAUAUCCUGAACAUUUACACGGGAGCAGAUUUCAAAUAUCCAAGGGUUAAAGAUUAUGAGGAUUUUGCAGUCUGUCAGAAAUAUGCUCUUGCAGCUCAACAAUCUAACACAAAUUCACCAGAAUUAGGCAAGAGACAGUGGGAUUUUACGAGAAAUGGGCCUGUUUCGCCGGUCAGCAGUCGAGGCUCAAGGAGUACCUGCCAGUCUUCACUUGAAGGGCCCCAUGUGCGUUCCUCUAGUCUGGUGAACACAAGCUAUCAAAGUGCCGGCAGCCAUGCUCAUUCUCAGAGUUUUAACACGAGUCAUGAUCUAGAAAGUAGCAGCUUUAGCGGUGUCAGUUUUCGCAUUGGAGAUGUCACUCAAGAUAAAAUCCCAUGCCAGACAGCUGCGCAAGCCAAGCUGGCAAAGGUGGCAGACUUGUCUCAACUGGUUGGUCCACUCACAGAAGAAGCUAUCAUUCAAAUACUGAAAGCACGAUUCCAGGCUGAAAAGUACUUUACCAGUAUCGGUCCAUCGCUCCUCCUACUGAAUCCAACGAAUCAAAAGCCAUUCCCCAAGGUGCUCUACGGUUUACCCACAUCCAUCCCAGACAUUCAGAAUGAGAUACAACACAUCGUGACACGAUAUAUUGAAAGUGGUCACUCACAGGCCAUCAUUCUGGGUGGAUACAGCGGCAGUGGGAAAACCUACACGUCACAUCUCCUUCUCCGACAGCUAUAUGAGGUGAUCGGUGGAGGCUCAGUCACGGACAGUUUCAAACACAUCUCGGCCGCACUGACCGUCAUACAAUCACUUGGCACAGCUUCCACUGUCAGCAACAAGCAUUCAAGUCGAGUGGGUUACUUCCUCGAGAACCAGAUCUCAGAUCUUUCAGUCACCAAGACAAAGAUCAACUGCUAUUUCCUUGACCAGGCCAGGGUGACCGAUACUCCACUUGGUGAGAGAAACUUCCAUAUCUUCUACCAGAUGUUGAGCGGUCUAACCAAAGAAGAAAAAGUCAAACUCCAUCUUGAUGGCUAUGAACUGAGCGACUUCGCCUUCCUACCGCCCCAUAUCCUUGACCAUGGCGAUCUCAAGACAAGCUUCACAACUUGGAAGACGUCCCUGGCUGAACUGGGCAUUCCCUUCUACGAUGUGAUGAGAGUUCUUUCAGCAGCAUUGUUACUUGGCAAUGUGUCAUUCCACCUGGGCGAUUCUGCCAAGUCUGACCCAAUUCCCAACACAGAAGCAGCAUCCGUUGCAGCACUCCUUGGUAUCACUGGCAUGAAGCUGUACAAUGCUCUCACAGUCAGAACAUCCAUAGUUGGAGGACAGAAAGUGAAGGCCAAGUUAGACCCAGAAAAUAUUCAAAAGAGCCGCAACUCUCUAGCAAAAGCAUUGUUUACACGGACGCUUGCUGCUAUCGUCAAGAGAGCCAACACCAUGAAGCGGCCAAGCUCAGGAUCAACCAUCAGCACGGAUAGCUCAGAUUCUAUGCAGCUAUCUGGACAAGAUCUCUUGAUGAGUACCCCCAGCAAGUAUCCGGGCACUCCAAAGUCCCAAUCAAAUCACUCCGGCUCUGGCCACGGAGGCAAUGGAUUCAUCGGGAUUGUCGACAUGUUUGGAUUCGAGAUCACGCAGGUGAAUCGGUUUGAACAACUCUGCAUCAACAUGUGUUCUGAAGUGCUGGAACAUAUCUAUACAACACAUCUCUUCCGCAACCCCCUCGACUGUCAGAAAGACGAAGGUAUCAAGUCUGGGAUCGACUUCAUCGAUAAUACAGCUGUAGUAGAGAUAUUAUCGGCUAAGAGGACAGGCUUGCUCUCUAUUCUCAACAUUGAGACAUAUCAGCAGAGCUGUCCGGCCGAGUUCCUCAAUCAACUCAACUCUGUUCAUGGUGCUAAGACAAACUUGUUUCGAACGGACAACGAGAAUCUCACUUUUACAAUCACCCACUAUGGCGGCAAUCAGACGUACAACACGCACAGUUUUCUGGAUACGAAUCGUGAUAGUCUUCCUGACGACAUUGUCUGUAUCUUUGCAAAACAGAACUGCAACUUUGGUUUCGUCAGCCAUCUUUUCUGUGGAGAUCUGAGGAAUUAUUCAGAAUUGAGUCCAAAAGGCAUGCAGCAUCGGGUUGCUCCGGUGCCUGCCCCGGAACCUGGAUCAACGGGUCACGAAGGCAAGAACACGUUAGCUCAUGACUUCAGCAUGAAGAUGGACGGAUUACUCAAAACACUUGGCCACGCUAAGCCUCACUUUAUCAGGUGCAUCAAGUCUUCAUUUGACGGGGACGCUAGCAUUUUAAAUCGAGACGAUGUCGUCGUUCAGCUGAGAGCACUGCAAGUGUUAGAGACAGUACAUCUAAUGGCUGCUGGUUACCCCCAUAGGAUGCGAUAUCGGGCGUUCAACUCCAAAUACAGAUUCUUGACCAACGGGCGGCGAAAAAUGGAUGACCCUGUUCACGAAGCCAAGAUGAUACUGGAUUUCUUCCUGAAAGCCAUGGACAAAAGUAAACACCCAUACGGUAGCUGCUGUUGGUCUCUUGGAAGGAAGUACAUAUUUCUCAGUGAGGGUGCUAGACGUCAGCUGGAACUGCUUAGGGCAGAAUGGAAGGAUGUUGCGGCAACUAGGAUCCAGGCUUUCUGGAAAUGUUGGCAAUGUGCAAAAAAAUGGAAGAUACUUCGAGAAAAACAAAAAGUGUCACAACCGAGGAGUAUUUCUGGAAAACUUGAUACAUGUAUGUCCCCGGAGCUGAAUCUGAUGCCAAAGAAAGAACAGCUCAAUCACACAGACUACAUGCUUCUGAAGAAAACGUGUCAGUUUUAUGGAGUUGAAUUGGACACUCCACCUCCUCUCCCAGCCAAUCGAGGCUAUACGGUACAGGGUGGCGUAAAGAUGACGUUCCCACAGACGAGGAUCAUGAAACAAGACUAUGGAGAGGAUGGCAACCUUGGAUGUAUCCUCCACAAAGGUCAAGAUGUCAAGGUCACAGGGGUCAAACGUGGUUUCGUAAUCGUUGAGCACCAGGGACAUACAAUGUACAUACCUCAUCAGCUGACCGAUACAAAAGUGGGAGAAUAAUUAUUACGCAAUAAAUUGUACUUUGAUGAAUUUGUGCUAUGAUUUGCAAUUAAUUGAGAUAAUAUUCCUCUCUAUAGCUGCUAAAUCUCACAAUCUCUGAAAACUUUGUAAAUAAUCAUUUUCACCAAUCAUCAUUUCUUGUGUAUAGUUCAUCAUCAUUUGGGAGAAUCACUGUAAAUAUCCAUUAUGACCAGUUUUUGUCAAAACAAAAACUCUAUUAUUGAAUUGUAAGAAUCAUUUAAAAAUUGUAUGAAUACAGGUUUCUGUUUAUCUGGAAAAAGAAUGGAAUCUCUCUUAGGGAACACUUCAGUAAACUGGACACCCUCUCUAUUGUGGACAUUUUCAUUCAAUUUGACCUCAGGACACCUUGCUAUAAAGGACAGCAAAUCCGAGUCCCAAGUGUGUCCCCUAUAGAAAGGUUCUGCUGAUUAACCCCUUCCUGUUGUAUUGACAUGCACAUGGCUCGCAUGUGUGAAAUAUUUGAUAGUCUGACACUUGCCUAGUGUGAUAAGAUAAUGUCGUUAAAAAUAUUGUGACCCUGACUUAAGUGAACAGUACAUAAUUCUCUCAAAAACACCAAAUAGGGAUUCUUCUGACAAACUAUAAACCGUUUUUCAAGAUAAAAACAAAAUAAAAACAUUCUGCAUGACAUGUAUAUUGAUAUUGCCUACAUUUGUAUUAUCACGCAUAUCAUAUCUGGAUAAGAUUUACCGGUACUUCUUCACAGCAAUUACCUUGACUUGUGCAAUUCCACAGUGACUUGAGACAUGAAAA